AGGACCUGACCCUCUGGACUAUGUUAGCAUGUACAGAAACCUGGGAAACCCAGCACUGAAUGUUCCUGAGCACUGGCACUAUGUCAGCUUUGGGUUAAGUGACUUGUAUGGAGACAACAGAGUACAUGAGUUUACGGGAACAGAGGGACCAAGUGGUUUUGGAUUUGAGCUGACGUUUCGACUGAAGAGAGAAACAGGGGAGUCAGCACCUCCCACCUGGCCUGCAGAACUAAUGCAAGGCUUGGCCAGAUACGUCUUCCAGUCAGAAAACACCUUUUGCAGCGGUGACCAUGUAUCAUGGCACAGCCCCCUGGACAACAGUGAAUCUAGAAUCCAGCAUAUGUUACUGACAGAAGACCCUCAGAUGCAGCCGGUGCAGACUCCUUUUGGGGUCGUUACAUUCCUACAGAUUGUUGGGGUUUGCACUGAGGAACUGCAUGCAGCUCAGCAGUGGAAUGGUCAAGGGAUCUUGGAACUGCUUCGGACUGUCCCGGUAGCUGGAGGCCCCUGGUUGAUAACAGAUAUGCGAAGAGGAGAGACAAUAUUCGAGAUUGACCCUCAUCUGCAAGAGAGAGUCGACAAAGGGAUUGAGACAGAUGGCUCAAACCUGAGUGGAGUGAGCGCCAAAUGUGCCUGGGAUGACCUCAGCCGGCCACCAGAGGAUGAUGAAGACAGCAGGAGCAUUUGCAUUGGGACCCAGCCACGGCGGCUCUCUGGGAAAGACACAGAGCAAAUCAGGGAGACUUUGCGGAGAGGGCUUGAGAUUAAUAGCAAACCUGUCCUACCUCCAAUCAAUGCACAAAGACAGAACGGGUUGAACCACGACCGAGCACCAAGCCGUAAGGACAGUUUAGAAAGCGAGAGCUCAGCAGGUAUCAUUCCUCAUGAGCUAAUCCGCACGAGACAGCUGGAGAGCGUGCACCUGAAAUUUAACCAGGAGUCCGGAGCACUCAUUCCCCUCUGUCUAAGGGGAAGGCUCUUACACGGACGGCACUUUACAUAUAAAAGUAUUACAGGAGAUACAGCAAUCACGUUUGUAUCAACGGGAGUAGAAGGAGCCUUUGCUACAGAGGAGCAUCCCUAUGCAGCACACGGACCUUGGUUACAAAUCCUAUUGACUGAAGAGUUCGUAGAGAGAAUGCUGGAAGAUUUAGAAGAUCUGAAUUCUCCAGAGGAAUUUAAGCUUCCAAAGGAGUACAGCUGGCCCGAAAAGAAACUGAAAGUUUCCAUCUUGCCAGAUGCCGUGUUCGACAACCCGCUGCAUUAGAGCUGAAUUACACUUUUCUAACAACUGGGAGAGCCAAGUUACUGUCCAUUACCCAGUGACUCACAGGAUAAUUAAUGCAGUGAAAACUCUGCCUGCAAAUAAGAGUUUGCUGCACAACCACUGCAAACAGAAGAGGAGCUACUCAGCACCAGCCCAGACCGAACUGAGCCCUUUCCUUUACUCUUCCCAAGGCUGAACUCUCUGGGAACAGCCUGCGUAUGUGUGAGUGCGAGUGAGAAAUAUUUAACUAUGAAAAUUAGUAGUAAGAAUCCUUUCUCUCCCCUAGCUGCAGAACCCCCCUCUGCCUUAGCCCAGGGUGUAGACGCUCUGCACGCCUGUAUUUACACAUACAUUUCUGCCAGGUGCGAGCCUAUAAUCCAUGGAUUAAAUGUUCUUUACGUGACUCUGGAGUCCUUUUGUUAGCCAGACUUUUACUGACUGCAGAACUGUUCUUCCAUGUGCUAUUUUUUUUAUUUU